CUGUGACUGUAUAUAACUGAUGCAGGGAGGAAACAUUUUCCCCCUGAACUGUCCCCUGUUGAUAUGACGAUCGCUACUGCUGGGUCACACCAUGCACAGGAGGCAGAAACCCAGUGCUCCGGAACACAAGAGGGAUCUUGCAGCUCAUGGAGGAGCUCUGUCCAUGUCCCACAAUGACACACGCUCUUUUUUCAACUUCUCUCAGCUUGUGCUCUCUGCUGGCCAUCUCAGAUCACCACCAGUGCUCAAACAUUCAAAAAUCACUUACUUUGAAGUGGAAAUUCUUGAUAUGCAAAGCAAGAAGCAGAUCUGCAUUGUGGACAAGGUACCUCCAUCAUCUACCCUUCUUGAUGUGAAACACAAAUUUCACAAAGCAUGUCCCCAGUGGUACCCUUCGCGUGUUGGCCUGCAACUAGAACGCAAUGGGCCCUAUUUGAAGGAUUCCAUUAACAUUCAAAGCCUUGCUGUUUCCUCUAUCAUUACACUGUAUUUUACAGACCUGGGCCAGCAGGUUGGUUGGACCACAUUUUUUCUAACAGAAUACACCGGGCCUCUUCUAAUAUAUCUGCUCUUUUACAUUCGCCUUUCAACUAUUUAUGAUCAAGUGGAAAGUACGAAGAACUUCCGCCACCCAGUGGUUCAUUUGGCCUGCUUCUGCCAUUGUUUACACUACAUCAGACAUCUUCUGGAGACGUUAUUUGUUCACAAGUUUUCGGGAGGGCACACUCCUCUGAAAAAUAUGAUGAAGGGCUGUGCCUUUUACUGGGGAUUCACUUCCUGGAUUGCAUACUACAUCAACCAUCCACGAUAUACGCCACCAUCAUUUGGCCACAGACAAGUUUCUUUUGCUGCCCUUGCUUUUCUGAUGUGUGAAGCUGGAAAUCACUUUAUCAACGUAACUUUAGCUCACCAGAGUCAUUCAGGAAGUAAAGCCUGUUUUCCAAGUCCAACUUACAACCCCUUCACGUGGCUCUUCUUGCUGGUAUCCUGUCCCAACUAUACAUACGAGGUUGGGUCUUGGAUUAGUUUCACAGUGAUGACACAAACCCUGCCAGUUGGAAUUUUUGCUUUCCUGAUGGUCAUCCAGAUGUCUCUCUGGGCCCAAAAGAAACACAAGCUGUACCUGAAGAGAUUUUAUCCAGAGGUGCGGAGAAAAGCAGCUAUGAUUCCUAUCAUCUUCUAAGCUCUUCACAAGAGUUGGAGCCUAUGUGUACAGUUCAAGAGCUAACUCAGAGCAAAUGAGCCAUUUCAUUCAGUAACCAAAGUGGAUCAGAGGAAGAACUAUUGGAUAUCUUUUUCAGAAAAUUAACAGUUCAAGAUGAAGAGCUUUUAAUUAAGUGAAAAAAUGUAGCUCUUGAAGCCUUGGUUCCUGCUAAAAGAUAUGAUUUAAUUAGAUUUUCUGUAAUGGAGCUAAUUGGGAAGGGACAAGAAAAUUGCUUAUAUUGAAUGUUAGGCUAGAUAUUUAGCUGGUGUAAAUGGGCACAGAUGCUGUUAAAAUUAACAAAUACAGCUCAUCUGCAUGCAUUCAGGUCUGGUGAUUUUAAGGUUCAGUGUUAGAUGUUGAUGAGAGUCUUGGAUUCUUUGCAUCAGAAGAUGUUUCACAGCCUUAUUUUUAUUAAACUGCACAGAAACAGCACGUUCUGCCUCAGCUCCUCUAAAGCAUCACAUCAAAGAAUGACUGCUACACUGUUAACACAGUUUAGUCUAGCUUUACAAGGUUUUUCUUUCUUUCUUUCUUUUUUAAAAUUGACUCUCAUAGCAAAUUAUUCAAUACAAAUUGGCUUAAAUUGAUCACUGCAGAGAGGUCUGCCUUUCUUUUAUUUUCAGGUAGGCAGAUCAGCCCCAUGAUCCCAGGAGGGGACUGUUUGUGAGGUGUUUCCCAUCUUGCUACUAAUUUGCAGCAUGACCUUGGGAACAUCAUUUAAGUCCAUCCCCCUUUCUUACACUGAACAGUUUUGGAAAUAGCAGAAGACUUUUCUGGACUAACAAGCAUGUUAAGAUCCCCUUGUUCAGUGCCCAGCUGCAUCAAACACCAUUCACCUUACUUGUAUCAAGCACUGUGAAAUCCUUGGGCUCAAGGUGAACCAGAGUACAGCUCGUUAUAGAAAAGGAAAGGGAUCCUGCCAAAUGCAUUUCAGUCCAUAUCUGAACUGCCUCAGGUGGACACUGCUGAAAGGCUUCAGCUCCCCUUCAGUUUGGUUACUAUCUGUUACUUUGCUUUCCAGGACAUUAUUUUUUAAGGGAUUCUCUGGGCUUGUUAUUUCAAGUCCUGAAAACACUUAUUUGGCUCCAUUUACAAAUCAGUGGUAUACAUGUCAGGAAGAAGCACGAUUUCAGUUACAGAGAGCAAAAGAACCAGAACUGCUUCAGGAAGUAUUAAGAUAUGGAGCGUUAGGGCAUUAAGUCCAGUUUUCAUUCUAUUUCUGUUGCACAUUUAUCGGUGUCUUUUGGCUCCCUCAGGCUGGUGAAAAAUCUUGCCUAAAGAACUUUAAUCAUUAGAGAAACACUGGAGUACACAAGCAAGGCAGGCAGUUUGUCUCCUAAAGGCGCUGUUAUCUUUGCACCAGCUCAAGUCUUCUAACAAAGUUAAUUUGCCCAGUAAAUCGGGUUCAUAUCCCUCUUCUAAUGUCUAACUUGCAACACUUAUCCUAUUAGCCACCGUAACUCAAUUUCGUCUUGGUAAUGUAAAUAAAUCACUUUCUGUAGUUUUUUAACUUGUAACCUGUGAACAACUAGAAUUUUUUAUUCCUGUCAAUGGAAAACUCGAGUCACAGUGAACAUCCAGUCCUCUAACCCAGACUGCUAUGAAGACCUAUUUUUGAAAAAUUAUUUUCUGUACUCUUUAGUCACUUAUAUCUAGCAACAAUAUUUUUGAAACCCAUUUUUUUCCAGCCAGUGAUAGAUUCAUGAGUCAAGACUGUUGACUGUUUUUUUUUUAAUCCAGCUACUAGGAUUGUUUUCAUUUCAUGUUUACGAAAAGUCUCAUUUUAGCAAUCUUCAAGUUUAAAAUAGUUCAUGUGGGAGGGUAACUUGCCAAAAUUACUUCCUUACCUGUUAAUCUCUUGAUUACAAUGGCUGCAGCUUUAAGUCUGUUCAAGGCUUGUUUCCAGAGUGAUUCCAAUUGCUAUGAGCAGGGUUCCUGUUCAACAGUUAGCUUAGCCAAAGGAAGUACUUCGGGAAUUGUUUACCUCCCUGCUUAUUAGUUGGUCAUUCAGCACAUGGAGCAGAGGGGUGGGGAGAUGGGUUUUGUCUCCUGUAGUAAAUGACUAAAGUUUUAAAAUGGGGGUAAGAGCAAACACUAGGUAAGAACAAAUGAAGAUAUGUCACAGAAGGCUGUCUCAGAUAAACAUGGCAGAUAUUUUGAGAUUCACCAAUGAGGUGUUGACCAGCUAAAAUUGCUCUGAACAGUGUUAAAUGGCUUCACAGAUAGCAAUAAAUCCAA